GGGACUGCGAUGAGAACAGCUCAGACAAGAAUCCAGAUGAACCAUUGGUGAUACACAAGCUUUUUCGACCUGCAACAUCUGUAUCUUCUACGACGUCGCCGAUGAAUACGUUCUCAUCACUCCCGCAAAUAAACAAGAGAAGAUUUGAAUUUGGCGUAGAUGUAGAAGCCUUUCGAAUACUUGACAGACAGCACAGUCAGGGAAACGGUGAAGAAUCAAUGGAUGACGAAAGUGGGGGGAAACGACGACGGCGACUCAUUGAUGAUGAACGACGAGAAGAAAAUGAGCAGCGCUGUCGAGUGUACACUACACCUCACCCAUUUCUACAGACAAAUGACGAACACAAGAGCUAUCUUCAAAGGACACAAGUAUCUUUAAAGUCAAUUUCAAACACUUGGCCACGAGAUCAACAAUCCACCCAUAGUGAUGAAAAUGAUGAUAAUGACUUCGACAACAUGUUCAAUGAUAAACGAUCGGAUAAAAUGUUGCCAUCCUCGCCGUCGCAAUCAUCAGAUAGUGCGGAUGGCUCACAAAGAAGCUUCUCAAUAGAUAACCCCGUCACUGAACAGGAAAUGAAUGAAAAUGAACAAGAAAACGUAGAAAAUGUUGUAAUUGAAAAAGUAGAACCAGACAGCAAUGAUGAGGAACACCGAGAAAGUAAAAAUUCUAACCAUUAUGACGGAACACAUUUUGAUGAAAUCAUAGAUUCUUCGUCCAACGAUCUUGAAAUUGACAUGUCGGAUAGAAAUGACGAUCAAUACGACGAUGAUAGAGAUUCAAAAUCUAAGCGGAAGGAAAUAAUGUCGGUUAACAAACAAACUUUGUACAACGUAUAUAAAGCAGCUACGGCGGCAUUACCUUAUUCAACACAGUCAGCAUUUAAACCACCUGCUGAAGUAAAACACAAAAUUCAUACUACAUCAUUUCCAAGCGAACCUUUCGGUGGUUACUCGAAUGAUCAUGACAAGAGCUCCAAGGCGUCCAAGCAAUACACAAUUCUACAGCCAGCAGGGAUAGGCUCCCGAGCUGCCACAGCAUUGCAUGAGGCGCGAGCCGUGCCUACCGCGCAGCCAACACGAGACUCUCGGCCUCUGAACGCACUGUCGCCGCCGGCCUCCAGAGAAGGCAACAAGUGUCCAACUCCUGGUUGCAAUGGGCAGGGCCACGUCACCGGCCUUUAUUCGCACCAUCGAAGUCUGUCAGGAUGCCCAAGAAAGGAUAAAGUUACACCAGAGAUCUUGGCGUUGCACGAGACAAUCCUAAAGUGCCCGACGCCCGGGUGCAACGGUCGCGGCCACGUCAGUUCCAACCGAAGUACACACAGAUCCCUCUCUGGCUGCCCCACGGCUGCUGCAAGGAAAGCUGCUGCUAGAACACAACGAGCUAGACCUAUAGUGUUAACAGCACCAAUAGCAUCGAUAUCCGCCCCGCCUCCAUCGAGCGCGUCCAGUGAAGUGACGCCCCAAAAGCGCGAGCCAGAAGCGGCGUCGCCGCCGAGUCCUGAGGUGAAGCGGGAAGCGCCCGAGCUGCUGGUGCCAAAGCGAGAGGCCGCCGAGCCCGAGCGCGAGUCUCCCGGCAUGGAGACGCGCCACGCCGGGUACGGCGCGCCGCCAGACCAGCGCUCGCCCUACGAGCGCCCGCCGGACGACCACGUGCGCUCUUACAGCCAAAUGAACGAAACGCGGUACGGCUAUGAGGCGCGGUGCUACGAGGGCGCGACAGCCUUCGAGCGGUACGACCCCGCGCAGUGCCCGCAGCGGCCGUACAGCUGGGAAGAGGAGCGCUACCACGAUCCGCACUUACCCACUCCAAUGAAAACCGACCAGUCCGAGCAGGAGACCAAUUCCGGACCAAUUUACCCUAGGCCAAUGUACCACUACGAGGCCGGGAGUGGGGUAGGCGUGGGAGGGGUUGGGGCGAUGGCGCCCGGGGUGCCCCCCGGCUUCUCCGCGAUCAAUCUCUCCGUGAAGAUAGCCGCGGCGCAGGCGCAGCGUCCGCGCACCCCGACACCCCGCGACCCCCGUGACCCUCGCGACCCCCGCCCCGCCAUAGACCUAUCCACAUCUAGUGGCAGUCCACAGGGUCCAUAUGCAUCACCGGUUUACACGAGCGCCGGUGGUGGCAGCGGGGGCGGAGCCCGAGGCAGCCCGCAGCCGGGCGCUUCGCCCCAGCUGACAGCCAGUCCCCAGGUGCCCAGUCCGCAGGGCCAGACCCUCGACCUUAGUGUGACGCGUUUACCACAUAGUAGAGCUUUCCCUGGAGGAGUCUCGUACAGUCGAGAAUCAACACCAGAUAGUGGUGGAAGCCAUCCUUACCUAGAAGCAUACCAUCGAGAUACAGCGGGCUACGGUGGCGUCAGCCCGCACCCAGUAGCUGGCUACGGCCUCGCGCAGCCGGACUACGCAGCAGCCGCCGCCGCAGCCGGGUACGGCGGCUACCAGUACCAGUGCGGCGCCUACCCGCCGCCGCCCGCGUACCCGCCGCACGCGCCGCCCUACUCGCCGCCGUGCUACAUGCCCCCGCCGCACGCGCCGCACGACAAACCUAAGGAUAGCAGUUUGUAUAUGUGCAGUCUGUCGGGGUGUCCGCGCGCUGACCGCUCGCAGCUGCAGCCGCACUCUCAGGAACUGAAGUGUCCGACACCCGGCUGCGACGGCUCCGGACACGUCACCGGCAACUACUCCUCGCACCGGUCACUCUCCGGGUGUCCGAGAGCGAACAAGCCGAAGAGCAAACCAAGGGACGGACAGGACUCGGAACCUCUCAGAUGCCCUAUACCGGGCUGUGAUGGAUCUGGACACGCUACGGGGAAAUUUUUGUCACAUCGAAGUGCAUCCGGAUGUCCAAUAGCGAAUCGAAACAAGAUGCGUGUACUAGAGAGUGGCGGAACUGUAGAACAGCACAAAGCAGCAGUGGCUGCAGCAGCGUCAGCGAUCAAGUUCGACGGUGUAAACUGCCCGACCCCUGGUUGUGAUGGAUCUGGACAUAUAAAUGGAUCCUUCCUAACACACCGCUCUCUAUCCGGGUGUCCAGUUGCCGGCGCCGCGACCCCCACACCUCAGCCAAAGAAAGCCAAAUAUCCAGAUGAUAUAACUCCUCUUUAUCCCAAACCAUAUUCUAGCAUGGAUAUCAACAUGCAAACUGGCAAUGGAGAGGAUCUAAUGACACUGGAACAAGAAAUUACCGAAUUACAGCGCGAAAAUGCACGCGUAGAAUCCCAAAUGCUGCGUCUGAAAUCGGAUAUAAAUGCGAUGGAAUCGCAUCUCAGCUCUGGUGAAAGGGAGAACCAACUGAUGUCACAGCGGAAUAAUAAUCUGAAUGAAUAUUAUGAGAGUCUCCGUAACAACGUUAUUACGUUAUUGGAGCACGUAAAAAUACCGGGCGGCGGAACCGCUCACGUCGCCUCCGCACCCGGGACACCUGGAGCCCCGCCUCCUCCUGGUGUUGGAGAGAAACCGGCGCAUGAUAAUUUCGACUCGUACUUGACGAAACUACAGACCCUCUGCUCGCCCGAUGGUUACUGCCCAGAUGAAAACCGGCCAAUUUACGAAACAGUUAAAAACGCGCUUCAGGACUUCACAGUGCUCCCGACGCCGAUUUAAGGCUCACCCAGCUCCGCCGAUAGUAAUCGCCAAUGAACUAAGUAACACCGACUGCGAUCGGCGGCGCUUAAGCGUCUAGUGCAAGUGACAUUCCUAGUGAAGUGAUAUUACCAAUCUCACCAAAGAUAAAAAAGACUGUUGGUAAUCAAAUAACGAUUUGCAAAGAUCCUGACUGUGUACAGUGUUCAAUGUAGGUGUUAUAGACAUUGUGUUCUGCAUAGAGAUGUCUGUUUUAUAAACCGUUGUAUACGAUGUGUGAAUUCUAUAAGACAUCACAUUACCAUUCAAAACGUUUGACUAAUAUCAUUAAGAUCAACUUAAUUUUAGUCUAAAAUGAAUUUUAACACUGUUAUUCGUAUGUAUGCUUAAAAAUUAAUGUACCUAAAUGAUAAGAAGAAGUUUAUACUUGUAAUGUGAACGAUUUUAGCCCCAUGAACACAUCUUUAUUGGUUAUUUGUAAAUAUUGUGUAUUAUCUAAUUCUUACUAAGUACCUAUACAAUAUCAGAAGAUUUUGGAUUCAUGUGUGCUCACGUUUAGCUAAAUUAUUAAGAUGUCUCAUCGAAAAUAGGCUAUAAGAAUAAGACAGUACUAGAUUUCUUCGCGUUUUGUUGAAAUUACCGGAAUUACUGGGAUUGUGCCAAAUACAAGCGCAGAAGUUCUAAAGUGAUAGAAAUUAAUUUAUGGUAUAGAUAUGUAAAAACUAUCGAAAAUAAUAAACUCCUUAGAGGACACUAGUCAGUUUUGUAAAUAAAUGUUGUAAAUAUAGUUACUGCGUCGUUUCGACGAUUUUAUUUAUAUUAGAUAAUAAUGAGAUCUCAUUAGAUCAAGUAAGUUAUUUCAGUCAUUAAUUGAUUACCAAUUAGGAGUAAUAUUUGUUAGCCAAUGUUCACUUCGCUGUGAUUAUGUUAAUGUUAUUUAUUUAUUGUUACCUUUGCGGAAUGUGAUAGUUCAAAUUGAGGCGGGUUGAUGUUAUUUUGCAAUAUUAUUUACUGUGCUUUGUCAAAAAUGUUUUAUUGUUUUAACUUUUAAACAGCGCACUGCUAACAAUUUAUGUUAUGUAAUUAUUAUUAAUAUGUGAUUGAAUUAUUUGAAAGACGUUCCAUAAAAUUGGACAAAACAGUAAAAUAUUAUACGCAUUUAAAUAAUACCUAUUACUAUGUUACUACUCUGAUCGUCAUAUAUGUUUCUGUAAAAUAUUGAGUAUGUGUUGUUAAAGAGAAUAAAAAUAAUAAAUACCGAGA